AUGAAACAUAUAGUUAUCUUUGCCUUAAAUAUAAUGAAAGCUUUACAACAAUCUGGUGGUGGUGGAGGUGGUAGUAGUGGUGGUGGUGGAGGUAGUAGUGGAGGAAGUUCUGGGUAUAGGAAUUGGGGUUCUGGAGAGGGAGGAGAUUGUUCAGAAGAUUGUUGGAUUCCUAUUUUAGUUGUUUUCUCAAUGAUUAUUUUAGGUUUUAUUAUAGGUUAUUUUUAUAAAAAUGGCUAUUUAAGAUGUGAUUGUUAUAAGAUUAGAAAUAAAAAAUAGAGAUUACUUUAGAAUUUUUUGAAACAAGAAAAUAAUUCAAAUAGAGAUGAACUAUUAUAUGGAUUGGAAAUUUUGGGAAGUAGUAAUUGGAAUAUGAGUUAUUUUUAAAUGGUGUAGAAGAACAUAAAAAUUAUCGAUAAAAAAUUUGAGAUAAAUUAUAAUUAGGAAUUUAAUAAAUAUCACAUUGAUAUCCAUCUAAGAGCUCAGGAUUCAUUUGGAGAUUCAACAUACAUAGGUCACAUUAAAUAAAUGAAUAGCUAAUGGAAGAUUUUUAUGAUUGAAACUUAUUAAGAUAGAAUUCGAUCAAAAUAAUUUGGCGAAUAUGCUAUUUUGGUUUAUGAAGGAUUUACCAAUUCAAUUACUGAAGGAUUUACAGGAAAAUGGUAUUUCCAUGAUGCCUAGUAAUCAUAUGGAGAGUGGAGAUGGUUGCCAACCGAAAAUAUAAAAAUGUGA